CUUUGGCUAAUCAAAAGCAGCCUUUGUUAUGAAGUUAGGAGUAUGAUCAUGUGAUGAACAAAAUGGCAGACGUCUAAACAUAAAACAUUUCGAGUAAUGUGUUUUAAUAUUUAGAAUUUUCUGUUGUAUUAGUUAUUGUCAGAACAUUUUAAAGCUAUGGUUAAGGUUUACAAGUGCCAUAAUUUCAAGUCCCAAAGUGUUGUUCCUGUUGACGGGGAACCGGUUGCUGUAUUUUCAUCUAAACAUAGAGUCUUUGUAGCAACUCAGCAAUGUGUUAUCGAGGUUUUUGUACUCGACGAGCAGGAUCCUUCUGGGUCAAAAUACACAAAAACCAACUCGUUUUCGACGGAGGCACCAAUUGAGCAGCUGUUGUAUAACGAAACAGGUGGUUAUGUUGCAACAAGAGAAUGCAAGGUCUCAAGGAAGCAGAAAUUUUACUCAGUAAAAAUUUAUUUGAACUGGAAUGUAUGCACUGAAGACAGCCGUCCAAUAGCACAUGUACGUCUGGCAGGUGGAAAUCAAAGUGUGAAACCAUCUAACAAAGUACCUGAGUGGAUGGAUGUGAUUGACAUUCCAUGUAAAUAUGCAGUAUCUAGCAUAUCAACAUGCAGCAGGACUGGUAACCUGGCUGUUGCCUCUGAAAAUGGGAUAUAUCUAUACCAUCUGGUGGAAAAAACAGUGCCAAAUUCUGACAAUACGUUUUUGGAUGUUGUACUUUUUCUUCAGUUGGACUGGAGCUUCACUGUGGAUCAGAUCACUUUGUGUGAGGAUUUUGUUGGAGUGUCAUCAGAGAAAGAAAUCCAAAUUGUGCGAAUCUUGUACUCCGAUAAAUCUUUCGGGAGGCUUGCAAUUGAUGAUGCAGAAACAAGUAGAGCAGCUAGAAGUGUCAGUACAGAGAGUUUUAGAAUAGCAAACAGAAAGACUUCAUCUUCAAUCAUGAACCCAUUGUUUUUAAAUGACAAAGACUCAUCUGUUGUUAGUCAAUUUUCAAAUGUAGGAUCUCGAAGUUCUUCGACUCCAAGUCCUGCUCUAUCUAACUCUUCAGUCACGAAGUCUAUAGCAGAUUCAUUUAGCUGUAUUCUAGAUGACGAGAACUUUGUUCAAUGGAAAUUUGAAGACAUCGAUUUGCCUAGAAAUGAACUAUCUGGCAAUAAAAGACAAGAACUGUUUCGUGACACCAAAACUGUUCAUCUAAAGGGACUCACAGAUUUAAUGUGUAGGGACCUUCUGUUGGCCGACCCACCAAAGAUCACAGAUCUGAGAGCCAGUCUUAAAGGAGGGGGCCACAUGACCUUUGGGGAUGUCAAGGUCGAGACACUCCUGUAUAAACGGUGGAACAUACAGGAUGUGGAUGGAGGCUGGCGUCACAUGCAGAUGGUACCCACAUACCUGGCAAAAAAUGAGAGGUUCAGUCUUGCAGACCGAACAGGGACCAUUCCUGUCCACUCUUCCACCUUCAGUGACCUAGUGGGCGUGUCCGUGUUGAUCAGUGGUGACACCUCCGGGUUCCUGUACAGCUUGUGGCCGCACAACUGUCUCCUGACGGAGUACAAAUAUACCAAACCCGCCAAACAGAUUUGGGCGGAGGGCGAGCUGAUGUACGUACUGACAGACAAUGGACUCGAAACUUACACCUGUCGAGCGUCUGCUUCAGCCGUGUUCAGCAUGGAAGACUAUGCCUCACCCACAAAAGUGUUUCCGUCUAUCAAACGGGAGGUGUGUCUGUGUGGUAUCCACCCAUUCAUAGGACCGAGGAAACUGACCGUGUCGGACAAUCACGUCAUCCUCCUGGCAAUGAUGGACAGUGGGGCAAGACCAGAUGACAAUCUCUGGAGUCUGUAUGCUCUACAGAAGUUUUCUAAUUCAGAGUUGUAUAAAGAAAUGAUAGCCUUCGGGUCACGUUACCAGCAGAAGAACCCCGACACAUACCUUAGUCUGUUGGAAGAAGGUCACAUGAUCCUUCGCAGCGCCAUGGUAACAGAUCUCCAUGGUGACUGUUCUGGGUCACCAAACUCGAGCUCUGACCUACUCCAGGAGUCUGCCGCACUGCUUGGGGAGUUCUAUGCCAUGCCUAGGAACAUGCAAUGGCAUCUAUGUUUGCCGUACUACCUGAUGUCUGGACUUAGUCUGUCUGAUAUAGUCCGGCAAGCCCUUCAGUAUAAACAGCACACCAAAAGUACCUCGGCCUACUGUUACGGACAAGGCUUUCUCUACUACCUCAACUACGUUCUCUUCCAAGACGAGGAACCAUUUCAACUGAAAGAGGAGGAAGGAGACACAGUAUUGGAUGUCUGUGCUGAGGCAGUGCCUGACAAACUAUCACGGAUUAUCCUGUUCUCACGUCUUCAAACUUACACCCAAGAGAAGACCCUUAGCCUUCUGAAGCAUGUCUUACAACAGAAAUACAAACCAGAUGAGGCUAAAAGCGGUACAGAUAUGCUGGCUCUUUCGUUGCUACACCUAAAGUCAUGUGACCCCGAGUCCGCCCGCCUGGCUCUCGCCGCUGUCAGUCAGAUGGAGCUGAGACAAUUCUGUGUGAACCACCACCAACUGUUACAUGAGGAUUUCCAACAGUUAUCUCCCCUGUCACAGCUGAUGCGUAGACACUGCCCGGAGGUACUAAUACAGUGUCUUAUAGCUCUACAUGACAUCGGGACCAUCCCAUUGGAUCUGGCCAUCAAACUUCUACAGGGACCCAGUGGGUACGAGGAGAUACAUCAGAAUGCACAUCUGAAAGAAUACCUGGAGCUGCUCAUUAAUGAUGAACAAAGAAAGUAUGUUUUUGAAGAUGCUGUGGUGCUCCUCUGUGAGAUCUACAUCAAGUGCCUAGUCCAGUGGCGUCCUCCUUGUGCCUCUUUACUGGUCAGUCCGGUCAGCUCAGCCAUUGGACACCUGCCAAAAGGGGAUGGUCAUUUUGGUCAGCGAUAUGCCUGGCUUGACCACAUACCUCCUCUACAGGGAUCCAAGUCCAUCAGACAGCCGUGCCAGUACACAAUCACGACCCACCCCACCUCAGCGCGGCGCUCCGGGGCUACACCUUGUACACAGGUCAAGGCCAACAUUUCCUGUUCCUGUUUCAGAUGUCGCGAGGACUUACUCAAGUUACAGUCUAUCCUCUGCUCCCCCUUCACAACUCUGGCCCUAGUUGAGAAGGUUAUGGCCCUGCUGGAGGAGGAAAUACAGGGAUAUGAUUCUCUCUGGAUGCUGUGUAUGCUGAGACUGGACCACGAAAAGGCCACAAAAGUGGUGAUAGACAAGUACCCAGUCAUACUUGCAGACUACGGCAUCUCUAUAAUGCAGAAAGACAUCACUAAGUGGAAAGGUUUUUUGAACAUGAUGAUGGCGACACUACAGCAACAGGCUGAGGAGCCUGACCAACGAGAACCCAAGUACUUAGAGGGUCUGAAAGGUGUGUUCUCGUGGUUGGCUAGUGCGAUGGAACCAGCUGACUUCCUGAACCUGUUACCUGGCAACGGAAAUGUCAUGUUUUUCCUUCCUUUCAUAGCGACAUGUUACAAGAAAAAGCAAUCUCGCAAGUUACUGUCCAACAUCGUAACCAAGGGAGAGCACCUCAAGAACGUGACAUCAUAGUGAACUGAAUCUUAACAUUCAAAAUUGAUAACAAGUUGUAAUCUUUACAGACAUCAUAUCAGGUGGUCAUUUUGUGCUAAUUAACGGCAGAUGCAGACAUUAUUUUCUCAGACCAUACCAAGAACUUGCAAAUAUAGACAAAAGAUUUUUUCAGGUACAUUUGAUUGAACAUUUGUACCACCAAACUCUACACCAGAAGAAUUUUGCCUGGUGAUACUUCGCCCCACGCCGAUAAAAUCCAUAUUCACCUGAUGUUAAUUUCACCCGUCACAUUUGAUGCAUAUGUUCAUUGUGUUUUUGAAUAAUGUUCUCUAAUGAUAAAUUUGCCCUCAUUACAGAGGGCAAAAAAUGUAAAUCUGAGGUUCUUAUAUACUGCUUG